AUGGGUUGGUUCGACGAUAACUCUGAUCAGGCUCAGGCCUACGAGGAGGUCACCCAGCGACCUCACGAAGCCAAGUGGUCUCACGAGCUCAUCGGCGGUGCUGCCGCUUAUGAGGCUGCCAAGGCCUACGAGGACCACGUUGCCCAGAACGGCCACCCUGACGAGCACGCCCAGGCCAAGGAGAUCCUCGCCGGUGCCAUCGGCUUCUUCGUCGACCGCGAGGUUGAGACCAAGGGCCUCGACUUCAUCGACCGUGAGCGUGCUAAGCGCCACGCCCAGGAGCAGGCCGAGCAGCAGCUCAACAACCAGUACGGAGACCGAUGGUAA